AUGUUAUUUCAAUUGACCAACUUUUCCACGAUACUGGCUGAAACAUCUAAUAUAGUUGAUGGAACAUCCACUGUGAAUUUAGAUCAGGUUGCUAACAGUAUUGGUACAAUUAUUGUAAACAAGCUUUUCACCGCAAAUUCCUCAGCCUCCAAGGCCUUUGAUGGAAAUAAAGGUCUUUUGGAAAAGCUUAAAAUAUUGGCAGAUAAUGAAACAUAUCCAAAGUAUGAAGAUUACAUCUCAACUUGUCAAGGUAUGUUAAGAGUCCUGAACAAUGCUUUGGAAGCCAUUUUACCCAAAACAUCAGUGGAGACACCAGCAGCAUUAGAUAUAUAUACCAUAAUGUCGGAUAUCUCCAGCAGACAGGAGUUAUCUGAACCGAACGACGCUGAUCUUACUCCUGCAGAAAGAGCAUUCAUUGCUUUACAGAUUGCUAUGAAGAAUGAACUGGAUGCGGAUAUAAAAAAUGAUGUUGUUAAAAACGAGGUUCAAAUACUAUUGGACAGUAUUUCCGAUUUAGGUCAUGUGCUUCAGAGACUGAACUAUCGUAAACAGAUGGCUGUUUACGUUCAGAAUGGACACAUUAAUUCCACAGAAGACAAGAAACUGAUAGCGGAGCUGAUUCAGAAUGGGUUUCAGAACAAUGACGUAGAUUUGAAUUUUGUAGAAUCUGAUUCCCAGUCUCCACAUGAGCAAGCCGUACAGGUAACAUCAUAUGACCACACACCAUUUUCUUGGGAUGAGGAGUCUAAGUUCAUAUCAUCAAAGACGGUAACUGUGUCAGUCGGAGAAGGCAAUACAACAAACUCAGCAAUACCAUCUAGAAUCAAACUGCAAAAUACUGAUUUAGUACCAACAAGAAAAACCAUCAAUAUAGCCAUUCCUGUAGAUAAAAAUGAAACCACUUCACAGAUGCUGGCGUAUAAAAUGUACUGGAAGACACCUGCAGACAAUUUGAUAAUCAGUAUUAAUAACGCCAUGGAUCACCUCAAUCACACUAUUUACAUUCGGAAGAAAGAACCCCCAACGGAAGACGAAUAUGACUGGAAAAAAAUUACAGAAUCAAGCGACUGGUUAACCACCAGCGAAAUAAAAGUGGUAGUAGACCGGGGAUUAUACACAGCUCCAACAAAUGUGUAUAUUGGAGUCCUUGUUCUAAAAGAAGCGUCUUCCGCUCCUACAUUAACCAGGCGAAGACGAUCAUUGAGUACUACCAUUGUUGAAUAUGAAAUUAUUGGUGCUACGGUUGGUUGUAGAGUAUGGGAUACUUUAAAGCAGAAAUGGGACAAAAGUUCAUGUCAGCUCUCUGCUGCAUCAACCAUCAAUGAGACUGUUUGUGAAUGUACCAGUCCACCGGGAAACAGUUUUGCAACAACUUUCUACGUUCCUCCAAACACGAUCGAUUUUGGAAGUGUUUUUGAAAAGUUUGAUUUGAAAAACAACGCAGCGGUGUUUGCAACAGUUGUAUCACUAGUACUGUUGUAUAUUUUGUUAUGUGUAUGGGCAUUCAGACAGGACAGAAAGGAUCACACAAAGUGGGCUUUAUCAUACCUGAGUGACAAUGGACCCUACGAUGAUUACUUGUACAUUAUAACGGUGGUCACAGGACUACACAGAAAUGCAGGAACAAAAUCCAGAAUAGGUUUCAUGAUAAUUGAUGGCAAACCAAAGAAUAGCCAUUUUUAUGAACCAGAUGUACGAAUAUUAGAUGACGAAUCACAUCGAGGUUUUGGUGUUGGUAGCAUCCGGAAAUUUGUCAUGGGCGUUUCUAAACCAAUAAAUGAUCCAACGGUAUUAAAAAUUUGGCAUGAUAAUAGCGGACAAGGAAAUUCGGCAUCAUGGUAUCUUAAUAAAAUCCUACUGCAGGAUGUGCAAACUAGUGAGAGGUAUCUGUUUAUAUGUGAUCAAUGGCUUUCUUUGGACCACGAUGAUGGCUGCAUUGAUUGUGCCAUUCCUGUUUCAGAUAAGUUGGAUAAACACAAAUUCUUAUUUCUAUUUCACGAAAAGACCAGACAAAACACUACAGACAAUCACUUUUGGUUAUCAGUUGCAAUUCGACCUGAAGACAGCAACUUUACAAGAAUAGAACGAUUGGCUUGUUGUUUGUCAUUGUUGUUUCUUACUAUGAUCUCAAACGCAAUGUUUUAUGGACAAAAUACCGGAAGUCAACUUUCAAUUGGACCUAUCAAAUUAUCACUUUCUGUGAUAUACAUUUCACUUAUAAGUGCAAUAAUUGCAGCACUUCCAAUAUUCUUAGUAUCUUAUAUGUUUAGAAGUUCUAGACAUCGUAAAACAAGCGAGAAGAAGCCUUUACCAAAUAAUGAAGAAGUCCCUGACAUUACACUACAAUCCACUAAAAAGACCAAUGAGGAAACCCAUCCAAAAGCAGAUGUUACAGACGACAAUGAAUUUUCACUUCCAUUUUGGUGUAGAUAUGUAGCGUGGGGAAUUGUUACAUUAGCCGUCUUCACAUCAGGAUUUUUUCUCAUUCUGUAUAGCAUGGAAUGGGGAAAGACAAAGUCAGAGGAAUGGCUGCUAUGUUUCUUUAUGUCAUUCAUCGAAUCGAUGCUCCUCGUUGAUCCACUAAAGAUUAUACUGCUGUCACUUGCAUUCUCUUGGAUUGUAAAUAGUUAUAAAGAAAAAUCUGUAAAAUACGACAGAGAGAAACUUCUUCUGGAGACAAAAAGACGUGCAGCAAGUCCAUUUUCAUAUAUUUUGGAUGUGUAUAAAAGGAAGCAAGCUCCAUUGAAACCAAAGAAACUUGCUAAAUUGAAAGAAAAAAGACAGCAGCGACUUAAAGUGCAAGAGAUAUUUAUAGAACUAGUCUUAUAUAUGAUAUUCCUUGCUGUUUUGUAUAGUAUCAGUUUUAGUAACAGAGAUUCUAGAUGGUAUAAUGUCAAACAUCAUCUAGAGCAGCGUCUUGUUACAUCGAAUAAUAUCUCAACAGGCGACUCAACAUUAAGAUACGAUCAGGUUAAAACUGCAUCUAAUUUAUAUGUAUGGAUCGAUGAGACCCUUAUUCCUUUUCUAUUUCCACGGUACCAUACCAAUGGAGAUCAACUGAAUGCUGAUAAAAGAUUAUAUGUACAAGACCAAGUCAAUUUUCGUGUUGGUCCAAUGAGACUGAGACAACUAAGAACAGUUCAAGAGCCAUGUAGGACACAGUUUUGGGGUAAUUUUACCUGUUAUGAUGAAUAUUCUAUUUACGGAGAGGAUGAUGUUAACUAUUGUGUAGCCUGGGAGCCUCACCCUUGUGUUAGAGGUCAGGCUGUAUAUAAUAUGACAUCUGCUGCCUGGACUUUUGUGUCGUCUGUUGAUAUUUGGGGACUUCCGGUCAGAGGACUACAUUCUACAUAUGGCGGUGGUGGAUACAUAGCAGAAUUCAUCGUCAACUACAACAUAUCACGUCUAAUUCUAAAUGAGUUGUACAAUUACACAUGGAUAGAUCGUAGAACGAGAGCCAUAUUUACAGAAUUCUCCUUGUACAACGUAGAUGACAAUGUUUUUGUUUUCAUGACGUUUUUGACCGAAUUUCUUGAAACAGGUGGUGUCAUUGCAAGUACAUCAAUCAAACCGUUUCGGCCUUAUCAACAUAUCGGAAGUCUUGGUAUUUUCAUCUUUAUUUGUGAAAUUAUUGUACUAAUUGGAAUACUUAUAUUUUCUGUUCAUAAAUGCCUUUUGUUUCGGAGAAAAGGAAAGAAGAUGUUUAAGGAAUUAUGGCAUGUUCUUGACAUAUUAAUUAUAAUUUUAUUCUUUGUUGCCACCGUAAUGUAUAUCGGUAGAUGGAUAAUGAUUAAUUUAGCUAUGGACGAAUGGGAAAAUCAUAAGAAUAAAUUCGUCAACUUCAGUCAUAUUGCGUCUUGGGACGAAAUGUUUAACAUUUUCUUGGCAUUCAUUAUAUUUCUGACAACAAUGCGAAUCAUGCGAGUUCUCAGCUAUAAUGAAAGAAUAAAUCAAUUUGGACAGGUACUUGCUCACGUGAGCCGUGAUCUUUGUGGAUGUUUUGUAAUGUUUGUUAUGGUGUACGUAGCGUUUUUUACUUCUGGACAUCUAAUAUUUGGCAGGCAUUUAGAAACAUACAAAAACUUAUUCGUGUCAUCAACGACAUUAGUCAAUGCUAUUAUCGGUAAAAACAGCAUCAAUGAUGUGUUUUCUGUGGAGCCGGUUCUUGGAAGAACCUAUUACUUCUUCUUCGUUUUGUUUUUGUUGUGGAUUUUAGUGACAAUGAUGAAUGCAACAUUAAAUGUAGGUAUUACAACCGUUAGGAACAAACCUGUUCGGUCAACAUAUGGCAUCACAAACAUUGUAGCAAGCUUCUGGAAAGAGACGGUUGGUUUCAUUAUUGCAUCAAAUAAUGUCACAUCAAAGGGCAAGAUAAAAUUGUCACCAGACUACAUAGUAAGUAAGGAAGUUCCAAGGCAAAUAGAACUUAUACGACAGGAAGCCACAAACCAGAUGGAAGUAAUAAAACCGAACGUCGAUUUAACGAAAAAGAAAAUACGUCCAAGACGUAUUUAUCAGUAGUAUUAAUAUAAUCCAUGUGCAAUAGUUGGUCUUAAAGUUAUUUGUAACAUGACAAAUGCGAUAUCUACCGUUGAGAUUUGUUUAAAACGGGACAACAAUUAACACGAAUGCUUUAACAGUCGAUUUUAAAAUGGUUCAUUCAAACCGUGUUCUGCAAUCAGUUUUUUUUUUCUGUGCACCAUAAACUUGUGCAAUAUGAAAUAAUCGUGUUUUGUGUGAGUAAUGUUUAAUAA